AUGGACGCGUUGGUGGCGUAUCGCUCAGAGAGCGAGGGUGAAGAUGACGUGCGCCCGCAGCGUGUGCACGAAGAACUCGAGAGUGACAGUGAGGAUGAGCGUGCCGACUCGAAUGAUGCGUUUGGGCUCCAUCGUGCGCAGUCCCCAGAGCGAUCGGUGGCACCGGCGCCGUGCUUCCAGGCAAGCGCCGCACCAGACGUACAGGUGGCCGAGUCGUCAGUGAUUCCGCACGCCGAACCACAGGCAGCUCCCACAAUCACCAGGACACUGACUGGCACAGUCGAGGCCACGACCAUGUCCGACUUCGAUUUUCGAAACCAACAGCGCACAUUCGACUUGUACGGCUAUGCACGCAAUCCUAGUGAGUUUGCCGCUACGUCUCAGGCAUUCGUGGGCGAUCUUUCGGCUGCAAAGAGUACAGGAGGUGCUUCAUUCGCGGAAAUGCGCGGUAGCUCAGCGGAUGCUCGUCAGGCAUCGCGUGCCAUGCGGCGAAAGCGCAAGGGACGUGCGGGAGACGCGUCGAUCGCAGAUGGGGAGGGCGCUUAUCUCGGUCCAUGGGGUGGCUGGGAAGAUGAGGCGCCCAAAACUGAAUUUGUGCCGGCGCCUGAUGUGCCUGUCGGCCCUACCGAUGAGGAGAUACGUGCGGCGCAGGCAGCAGCAGAAAAGCGGCGCAAAGAUGCAGCGGCCAUUGAACGUCGUCGGCAGUUGGACAUGGCACAUGGCACAGAAAAAAGCAUUUUCCAUGGCCAUUCCAUGUAUGACUAUCAGGGGCGGACCUAUAUGCAUGUGCCCACCGAUACAGAUGUCAAUUUGAGAGGAGAGCCAGGCGAUGUCGAAUCGUUUUUGCCCGAGUACUGUAUACACACCUUUACGGGACAUACCAAGGGCAUCACAGCGCUGCGUCUGUUUCCACAGAGUGGACAUCUCUUGCUCAGCGCAAGUAUGGAUACCAAGAUCAAACUAUGGGAUAUGUACCACGAGGGCCAUUGUCUGCGCACGUUCCUUGGCCACUCGAAUGCGGUGCGUGACAUUACCUUCUCCAACGAUGGGCGACGAUUCCUCUCGGCAGGGUACGAUGAGCAAAUCAAGCUCUGGGAUACUGAAACGGGCGCGUGCCUAGCUGCCCAGAGCUUUCAUGGCGUGCCGGUGUGCGUGCGAUUCCAUCCAGAUCAACAGCAUGUUUUCCUGGCGGGCAUGGAUGACCGGCGCAUUGUGCAGUUUGACUUGAAUGCCGAUCAAAUCACGCAAGAGUACAAUGAGCACCAGGGCGCUGUGAACACAAUUACAUUUGUCGACAUGAACCGCCGCUUUGUGUCGACGAGCGACGACAAGAGUCUGCGUGCCUGGGACUACGAUAUUCCUGUGCCCAUCAAGCUGGUAGCUGAUCCUCUCAUGCAUUCGAUGCCGUCAGUUACCUUGCAUCCCUCACAUCGGUGGCUUGCCUGUCAAACGAUGAACAACUCCAUCUCUGUGUUCUCGGCUGAGAACUUCAAGGCGCGCAAAAAGGCCUUUCGCGGACACACGACGGCUGGAUUUGCUUGCCAAGUGGGCUUUAGUCCAGACGGCCGUUUCCUUUCUUCGGGUGAUAGUCAAGGAGAUAUGGUGUUUUGGGACUGGAAAUCGGGACACCAACUCAAGCGCCUGCAUACCCACAAGGACGUUGUAAUAGCACACGAAUGGCUACCGCAUGAAACGUCGAAGAUCGUGACAGGGUCAUGGGACGGCCUAAUCAAGCUCUGGACAUAG